CAGUCAAACCCUACGGAAUCAAUAGUGAAAUAAAACGAUACACAUGAAAUAAUAACUUAUAUGAAAUAUUAAAGAGUACAGAAUGAUAAUGGCGAAGAAGUAGUUAUUAUAAUUUUAGUAAGAGGUUGAAUUUGGGGCACAGACGACGUAAACAUGAUCGCUUGUCUGGUCGUUGAGUGACAUAGCAACUAACCAAUUAUAUUUCACGGAAUCACCUCGCGUUAUUUCCCGAUUAGAUGUUUAACCUCCGGUGUUGGUCCACUCGGUGUUAGCCCAUUAGUUCGUAUCCGAAUUUACAACUUUGUUUUUUAAAAAGUCUACUGUGGAGGCGAGUGGGGGCUGCUGCGGGAAGAAGGAUGUGAGUAAAAACGCGGAGGAAGCUUCGCGCUGCUGUGGCUUUUGUUCCAGUCCGCCUCGAUGACUAAACAACAUGGAAACAAAAAGAGUCGACAUCCCGUCUGGUUUACUGGACGAUCUCUGCAGUCGCUUCAUCCUGCACAUUCCCAGUGAAGAAAGGGACAACGCUAUCCGGGUGUGCUUCCAGAUUGAGCUGGCCCACUGGUUUUACCUGGACUUCUGCAUACCCAACACACCGAGCGCCCCCCACUGUGGCAUCAGAGACUUCGCCAAAGCUGUUUUCCAGCACUGUCCAUUCCUGUUGCCCAACGGAGAGGAUGUGCAGAAAGUCCUGGAGCAGUGGAAGGAGUACAAGAUGGGUGUUCCUACUUACGGAGCUAUCAUUCUUGAUGAGUCGUUAGAAAAUGCACUCCUUGUUCAGGGAUACCUCGCAAAGUCCGGCUGGGGCUUUCCCAAAGGAAAAGUAAAUGAGGACGAAGCACCACAUGAUUGUGCUGUUCGUGAAGUGCUGGAGGAGACGGGCUUUGACAUCAAGAAUCGUAUUUGUAAAGAUAUGUACAUUGAGCAGAAAAUUACUGACCAGCUGGUGCGGCUCUACAUCAUACCAGGAGUAUCCAAGGAUACAAAGUUUAACCCCAAAACUAGAAAGGAAAUACGGAACAUUGAAUGGUUCCCCCUUGAGAAGCUGCCGUGUCACCGGAACGACAUGACCCCAAAGUCCAAGCUUGGACUGGCCCCUAAUAGAUUUUUUAUGGCAAUUCCAUUUAUAAGACCCCUGAAGGAAUGGAUUGCCAGGUUGAAAGGUGAGACUCCAGACAGCGAUGAUGACUUGGCAACCAAUGGCACUCCAGGCAAGCCAUCUGACAAUGUUGGGUCGAAGUUCCGGCGCCUCACCGUGAAUGAAGUGUUUCUUGGAGACAGCUGUACCAAACAGAAACAGCAGAAGCCCCAGAGUCAUCUGAACCACUUUGAGCUAAACCAGAGCCAACACUUAAAAGGCACUGGGAAGAAUUCAUCUUCUCAAAAGAAAGGAGGCGUUGAAAAUGGAUUUAGCAGCCAGCAUAUUAAAGUGUUGUCAAAGGAAGAUAAACGGCUUCAUCCCAGGAGGCUGCAAGACAGUUUUGAGAAAGACAGGACUCCAUGCAGUUCUCUUAAUGGACCACAGACAACCCACCACAAGGACUCGGAGCACCUGCUGUCCUCCAGCACUUUCCUUCAUUUUAAGUUUGACAAAGAUGCCAUCAUGAGAUGUUUUGACUUCUGACGUGGCGGGAUGAUGAAAUGGGAUGACCCAAUUAAUUCAACUUUGACCUCUCAGAAACUCUUUUACACUCCAGUUUGUGUUGCUUAUCAGUUGUACAUGACAUCAAAUUGAAUGUCCACUCGGCUUCACUGGACACUGUACCUGUCAUGUCAAACAUUUCACAGAUUGAGCGGGGAGCGUUGGUUUCAAAGUUCUAAUUGUUCAAUUGGUCAUUGAUUUUAAAUUGUUGGUAAUUCUCUUGGCUGCUUAGGAAAAAGGAGGUAGGUACCACUUUACUAGCAAAUGUCUACAGAUUUUAUCCAGUGAUGUAGAAAGAAAAGCAUUUUAUUAAAGUUAAGUUUUCUCAAUUUCA